UCGUGGCCAGACUGAAAAAAAAUCAUAAGGCCUCUCUUGUUCAGAGGGCCGGGCCAAAUGUGGAGGCGGGCCUUAUCCGGCCGCGGGCCUUAGUUUUAAAAUAAAUAAAUAAAUAUACACUUAUUAAUCCCCAAGGGGAAAUUAGUUCUCUGCAUUUAACCCAUCCUUAGUUAUUAAGGAGCAGUGGGCUGCGGUGAAGCACCUGGGAAGCAACUGGGGGUUCAGUGCCUUGCUCAAGGACACUUCAACUUGCAGCUAAUGGGGAGAGCGGGGAUCGAACCCACGACCUUGUGGUUGAAGGACGGCCCUCUUACCCCACUGAGCUACAGCCGCCGUUUGAGGACCACUGCUCUUGGCUGUUGAUGUCUAUCAAUAUCGCUCAUUUUGAAAAUGACGCAAGAGGGCAAUACGGAUCCGUAUCAGACCAGCGAGGAGGGCAAUACGUGGCUGGCAUGACGACCCAUUAGCCAAUCAGAACGCGUGUACUGUUGCUCUCUAAUAAUUCAUCUUUAUUCAUAAAGAAAAUGUAAGCUAGCUGUCUGAUGCUGCCAGAGGAGAUGCAGGUCGCGGACAUCAUCAUCAGUGUAUUGCUGCUUAUGCUUCAACUCUGUCAGAAUUUUUUUUUGGCAUUGGGUGCCCUUUUUUUUGGUUUGAGCACCUGCCCCCCAAAAUGUCUGUGCACGUGCCUGCAUGCAACCAUAUAAAAAUGGUGCUCGCUGGUCGGCCGGAGCAUCAAACGAUCCUCUAGUCGACAACCGCUAAACUUCUCCUCUUCUGAUUCGUUGUUCUUUUGUAGAGCGUCACUUCCAAAAUGAAGACCUCGUCACUGUGGUUGUGUGGGCUUCUCUUCAUCGGCCUCUCCGGAGCACACGGACUGAACCACUUCCCAGAAAGCUACACGGUGGCGAAGAGGAACGACUUGAAUCCGGUGACACUGACCUGCCGCUCGGAGGAGGCCCUCGGAGACGUCACGUGGAAGUUUCGCGGCGAGGCGCCGGAGGACGUCCGGCAGGUCGGCCCACACCUGUCCGCGUCGGAGGUGGACACGCCCAUGCUGGGAGAAUACAGCUGCUGGAGGGGGAAUCAAAUGUUGUCGUCCACCUACCUGCUGCUGGAGGCUGAGGAGGAAGAAGAGUCGGAUUCUCUCUCCUUCAGUUGUCGGGCGAAGUCUUACGACUGUCACUUCAGCUGCGACUGGACCCACAGUGGACAAUCGGCGGUGCGCCUCGGACUGGGUCAAGACUGCAGUGAAGGCAGGAAGUCGUGUCACUGGGUCGACGGCGAGCAGCUCGUGGGCGGGAGCUUCCACUUCCAGCUGUCCCACUCGCUCCCGCCCCACGCCGAGGAAAGCGCCAUGCUGGAGCUCACCGCCGAGGCCAUCGUCGACCUCUCCCUCGCCAGGACGACCAGAAGGUUUUACCUCCGGGACAUCGUUCAACCCGACAGCCCCCAGAUUGUGAGGUGUCAGGAAGGGGACGAAGGCCUGAGCGUGACCAUUGCACCGCCGUCCAGCUGGUCUACCCCUCACAGCUUCUUCAGCCUCGAGCACCAGAUCGAAUACGUGUUGAAGGACAAUGGCCAGACUGGACGUUCCUCGUCCGUCCUGCUGCCAAAGGGGAUCAGCAAGCUCCGUGUUCGCUCCAGAGACUCGCUGGUGCUCUCCACCUGGAGCCCCUGGACCCCCUGGAAAAAUGUAACCCACUGAUGUUUUUUUCGAAACCCACUGCUGCGUCCUUAAAUGUCCACAAUGUCUGUUUUUCUCCAUUGUGUGUCUGGCUGUCUCCCUUUUGAGACAAUCAAACACUGAUCGCCGACGCAGAACACAAACCUAUCUUUAAGCUUUAGCACAGAAGAUCAGUGUAGUUAUUUAUUUAUUAUCUUAUAUAAAUAUUUUGUAUUCAUAUAUUUAAUUUAUAUAAUAUAAAUAUAUACUAUUUAUUUAUCAGUACAUUUAAUUGUUAUGUUAUAAAAAUAAUUAUAAAUAUAUAUUUAAUUCAUAUAAUAUAAAUACAUACCAUUUAUAUAAUGUAUUUAAACUAUUUUUUUAUAUUCUUAAAAUGUAUUUAUUUAUUCCAAAUUAUACACACACAAAACACCAUUAUAAAACAUGGUUUAAAAAAAUUCUUUCCCGAGUAUGGGUUUCAAUAGGUUCACCAGAGGUUUAAAUCGGGGCACAGAAAACGGGUCUCCUUUACAUUGAAACCUAAGGAAAUCCCCCAAUGACUUCAUGUCACACACGUGUCCAGUUGAGUCCAGCGUUCUCACGAAGUGCUUCUCGGCCUCGUGUGUUUACGUACCAGUGUGUCGGUGUUUCUGUGAAUUCUGGCGGUUUGGCGCCGUGCAACAGAAAGUAAAGAGCGGCUAUUAAGAGAGCGUUGUGCUUCCUUCCUUCUUCAUUUAUGGGUCGUUGAUGUCAUGUCUACAACUACAGACUCAAAUUAGAUUCCCCCAUUGGAUACACGUUCAAUAUACAUGAAUGGGUUGGACAAAAUACUAGAAACAUAAGCUACUGAGUGUGCUGUACAUUCCUAGCAUCUCAUGAGAUGAAGAGACAUUAAGAUGCUUGUACUUUUAGUUACUCAUUACCAUUAUGUGGGUCCCAGUACUCCUGUAACAAGUAUGAUUGGGUGUCGGAUUUGAUCCUGAUGACUAGUCCCUGUUUGAAUGAAUCUAUCGGCUAAAAAGCUGUUUUUAGUUGGUAAUGAACGAGCAAUAAAAGCUUUUCCAGCAAAUAAAAGCCACAAUAAGAUA